GCCCAGGGCGCUAGGCUGCAUUGAAUGGGACUUGGACGCCAAAUGUGAAGUGGGGUAGAGCCUACUGCGAUUGUUCGAACUGGUUGUCCUUGAAGGGCGCACCGCUUGAUAAGGACAAAAACGCCAGAGAAGGGUGGUGAGUAUUAACUUCAACUCUGAAGUGGGCAUCUUGUUGUCCCUGAGGGCGGGCAGCAGCGCCAGCUGUUGCAAGGUGCAUGCAUGCUGGCACCAUGCUAAGAUGGGAUAAUUUCCAAGCGGUACUGUCGUGAUCCUCACUUCUGGUAGCUCGUGCUAGCGAAUCACCAUGAAUGCAGCAGGUCCUCCUAGCAGCCGGUCCCGCUUGCUCCUGCGGCCACGCCUGUGGGAGAGCCUGCUGCCGUGGAUACGAGCACAAGCUGGGGCUUGCGAGGAGGGGCUUGGAGCUGUUGCUAAAGUCUCUCCUCUUCUGAAUGGAGGCGAGGCGCUCUGGCGAAGAACACCCCUUCUUUCAACUGUGGGCAUCGAAAGUGAGAGCCUUCUCUCAGGAUCAAGGUGGUUCAAGCCGCCUGCAUUCUCAAUUUCAGCAUCCACCCUCUGCGUUUCCAGCCAGCUGGACCUUAUCCUGCCAAGCUCAUGGCAGAUCCGGUCCUCCUACACUGCCACCGGAAGCCCAGGGGCCACAGUUGCCGCCACCACAUCCACCACCGCCCAUCAAGCUCCAAAAUCAACCUCUAGAGUAACAGACGCUGUCCGGCCUCCUCCCGGCGCUGCUGCCACCACAGCCCCCCCCGCAGCGGCGGAGCUCUUAUUGGAGGACGGCUUCUUCACAGAGGACGAGACGGUGGAGCUCCCCCAGCGUUUGAAGCCUGCGGUGUACGACCCGGGUGCCCUGGCCAGGCACUACCGCUGGCGCCCACUGCCGGUGCUGUGGCGGGCACUGGUCAUCACAGCAGAGGUCGGCUGGCUCAGGCUGAGGUCGCUGCGGGAAAGUGACAUCAACAAGCGGGCAGAGAUGCUGCGGCUGGCGCUCAUCCGCCUGGGCCCCGCGUUCAUCAAGCUGGGCCAGACGCUGUCGACGCGCCCCGACGUGCUGCCCCCCCAAAUCUGCGCGGAGCUGGCCAAGCUGCAGGACCAGAUCCCGCCCUUCCCAACACGCGCAGCGUUCCGCGCCAUCGAGGCCCAGCUGGGGGCGCCCAUUGAGAAGCUGUUCCAGGAGAUCUCGCCCGAGCCGGUUGCAGCAGCCUCGCUGGGGCAGGUCUACAAAGCACGCUUGCCCGGCCCGUAUGGCGCAUGGGUGGCUGUGAAGGUGCAGCGCCCCGGGCUAGCGGUACGGCUGGCGUUAGACGCGUACCUGCUGCGCCAGGUGGCGGCGCAGCUGCAGCGCUACGUGGGCGCGCGGGGCAGCCUUACUGCAGUGGUCGACGAGAUGGUCGGCCGCGUGUUUGAGGAAGUCGACUACGUGCGAGAGGCCCACAACGCGGAGCGCUUUGCGCAGCUCUACGCGUUUGAUGCCGCCAAGGGGGCGGAGCACGCGCGCGACUAUGACGGGGGGUGGGACGGGCUCAUGGAUGCGCCCCCGGGAAGGAGGCGCAACGGCGCAGAGGAGGGCGGGGUGCGUGUGCCGCGAAUUCUGUGGCGGAUGACGACGCACCAGAUUCUGACCAUGGAGUGGAUGGAAGGCGUCAAGCUCACUGAUGCGGCUGCGAUCGCCGGCUUGCAGCUGAAUGCGGAGAAGAUCGUCGACUUCGGCGUCCUCUGCUCCCUGCGCCAGCUCCUCGAGGAGGGCUUCUUCCAUUCCGACCCGCACCCCGGCAACCUGCUGGUGACGAGCGACGGCCUGCUGGUGUACCUGGACUUCGGCAUGAUGUCCGAGCUGCCGCACCGCUACCGCAUCGGCCUCAUACGCACGCUUGUUCACUUUGUAAAUAGGGACGCGCUAGGUUUAGCAAGCGACUUCGUCACGCUGGGUUUCCUCCCCCCGCAAACAGAGUUGGCCCGAGUGGCGGCCGCACUGCGCGAGUCGUUUGGGACGGAGGGCCGCCGCAUGAAGCUCGACUUCCAGGGCAUCGUCACGCAGCUCGCGGAGGUCAUGUACAGGUUCCAGUUCCAGUACCCCGCGGUGUACACGAUGGUCAUCCGCGCGCUGGGGUCGCUGGAGGGCACCGCCACCGCGCUGGACCCGUCGUUCAAGGUCCUCGCCUCAGCGUACCCCUUCGUCGUCGGCAGGCUCCUCGCCGACCCCACGCCCGAGAUGCGCGAGAUCUUGCGCGAGCUGCUGCUGCACCCUGACGGCAACGUCCGCUGGCACCGCCUCGAGCGCCUCGUGGCAGCUAUCGGCAUGCAGGGGCGCCCCGUCACGGCGCCCGACGGGCCGUGGGGCGGGCGCGCUGCACUGGGCAGGGCGGGGUCGAGCCUGCGUGGCGCCCUGGACCAGCGGGCCAUUGUGGCCGCCACGGCGGACUUGCUCGACUUCGUCAUGGCCGACAGCGGGACCCACGUGCGGCACCACGUCGUGCAGGACCUGGCGGGCGUGACGGACAGCCUGGUGGGCAGCAUGCUGGACCAUGUGCGCCACUGGGCCGGCCUCGGGCCCGCCCCCGACGGCCGCGCCGACGCGGAGGAGGCCCACCCCGAGGAUGCGCGACCAGCGGCCCUGCGGCCGCGGGUGGACGCGGCAGGGCACAUCGUGGUGGCCACUGUGGCGGACCAGCAGGCAGCAGCGGCCUUCGAGGCGAGCAGCCUGCCCCGCUGGAGCGCGCGGCUGAUGCAGCCCGCCGCCGCGGAGGGCGGCAGCGGGCGUGCCGAGGAGCGGCGCAUGGUGGACGACGACGACGACAACGAGGACGAUGUGCUGCUGGAGCGGGUCGCGGCCGGCAUGCGCACGCUGGGGAACACGGUGCAGGCAGCGCCCGCAUUGUGGCUGCCGCUGCUGGCCAGGAUGGCGCUGCGGCGAGAGAUGGUGGGCAUGGGUAUGCAAGUGGGCAGGGAGAUGGCCGCGAGCAUGAGGAAGCAACUAGUAGAGGCGUGGGAGGACACGCUCGACCACAGGACGCGACGGCCUGAGAAGUAACGUCGAUAACUCUGCCGCCCUGCAUUGUUGUGCAUCAUGUGCGAUUUUGAGCACUAAACCAUGCACAACAAGGGCGAUUGACCACCCUCGUCCGGCCACACAGAGUACGGCAAUACUGAAUCGAGAACUGGAAUGUGUAAGUCAUAUCCGAUCAAAUGAUAUGUAUGUCAUGGAGCG